CCGUUUUAGUUUUUACUCCGGUGUAAGUAAAAAUAUAACAUUAAUCAUUCAUGCGAUUCACACGGCUAUUACUGGCACGAGUCAUGCCUUCUGUUGUGAAGAAUUUCGAUUAUCUGGUGCUCGGAGGAGGAUCUGGGGGGAUCGCCAGUGCCAGAAGAGCGGCCGAGUUCGGUGUCAAAGUGGCAGUAGUGGAGCAGUCGCGAUGGGGAGGCACAUGUGUAAAUGUGGGAUGUGUUCCGAAAAAAGUAAUGUUCAACACAGCAAUGCAUGCGGAAAUGAUGAAGCAUUAUAAGGACUAUGGCUUUGAUGUGCAGUAUAAAGGAUUUGACUGGGGAGUCAUCAAGAAAAGUAGAGAUGCUUACAUCAAAAGGCUGAAUGCUAUCUAUGAAACUAAUUUGGGAAAGUCCAAAGUAGAAACUUUAGAUGGUAAAGCCACUUUCACAGACGAUGGAUGUGUUGAGGUGAAUGGUCAGAAGUACAGUGCUGAUCAUAUAUUAGUAGCCACUGGCGGUCAUCCUUUUAUACCAAACAUCCCAGGUGCCGAGCAUGGUAUAUCAAGUGAUGGCUUCUUUGAAUUGGAAAAGUUGCCAAAGAAGGUGGUGGUGAUAGGUGCUGGGUAUAUUGCUGUGGAGCUGGCUGGGAUUUUUAAUGCACUCGGAUCCGACACUUCAAUCAUGAUCCGAUACGACAAGGUACUCAGGACAUUCGACUCCAUGGUUAGUGACACUGUUACCGCAAACAUGGAACAUGAUGGGGUGAAGGUCAUUAGAAGGACACAGACUACAUCGGUGAGGAAGGAGGAUAAUGGUACCUUGACCUUGGAGACUACUGGAGGUCAAAUAACAGAUGUUGAUUGUCUCUUGUUUGCAAUUGGUCGAAAUCCUAGUACACAAGGAUUGAAUCUGGAAAAACAGGGAGUCAAGUUGGACAGCAAAGGUCAUAUCAUUGUGGAUACCUUCCAGAACACUGACAACAAAAACAUCUACGCACUGGGGGAUGUCUGUGGCAAAGCUCUUCUCACUCCAGUUGCCAUUGCUGCUGGUCGCAGAUUAGCACACAGAUUAUUCAACAACGAAAGUGAUUUAAAGCUGGAUUACGACAAUAUAGCCACAGUAGUGUUCUCUCAUCCUCCUACGGGUACUAUAGGACUCACAGAAGAGGAAGCUCGUACAAAGCAUGGCGAUGACAAGAUAAAGGUUUACUCCUCUGUCUUCACGCCUAUGUACUACGCAGUAGCCGAGGAAAAACACAAGUGUAGCAUGAAACUCAUUUGUCUCUUACCUGAAGAAAAGGUGAUUGGAUUACACAUGGUGGGGCAAGGUGUGGAUGAGAUGCUUCAAGGAUUCGCAGUUGCCAUCAAGAUGGGUGCCACGAAGAAAGAGUUUGAUAAUACUGUUGCCAUCCACCCGACAUCAGCUGAGGAGCUUGUUACAAUGAGAUAAAUCUAACUGUAUUGGAGAAAACCAGGAUGCCAAUCACUUUAAUAUUACAGAAAAUAAUUUAACAAAUUUGCAUAAAGUUCUUUCUCAGUAUAUUCAAUAAAUAUGCAAUAUUCA